GCGAGGGCGAGCCAUGUAUAACGCAUCCUUGGAUCUAUCUAGCAUCACGUUAAUGAUAGCAGAUACAUGAACCGAUGGAUUCUAUGUUCCAUGGUUCAAAUCACUUGGUAAUCUCUAUAAAGCCGAAGAAAGCUACUGCGCUGUACAUAUCAGCUUUCAACUUGAUCACCAUCAGAAUAAUCCCACAUUCUACACUUGACGGUUAGUAGCUACAGGCAGCUCUUGAUAUCGAUCAUGGAGAAUAAGGUGCCUCCCUCGCGCCCGUCCACCCCUACUGCCGCUUACAAUCAUGUCGUUGGCUCCACUAUCCCGGUGGACAUGAUUGAUUUGUCUCCGCGAUCAAUGAUGAAAAGCAACCCACGCAAGCGCGCGAGGUCUCCUACCAAUGAGGGACCUGCAGUAUUGGCCGCCAAGAGAUUGAAAAGGGAGCUCGAGCUCACCCCAAUGAAUGGCCAGACGAAUGCAUAUUAUUCGGCGCGUCCUCAGCGCGCCUUACUUUUCCCAGAUCAGGGACUGACACCGAUAUCCGAGCAAUGGCAAUCUCGUGCGGACCAGACUCUAACAGAGGGGCCUCAAGCCAGUGGGCUUAUUCUCGAUCUGCUACAGGGAUCAUCUCGACGCAACGCUGUGGCGCGCCUGAUGCCCUCACCAUUUCCACAACACACUCGGGAGGAGGAAGAACGGCUGUUCAACGAAAUGGCCCAUUGGUACAAGCAGGAUGUCUACUUCACAUGCGAGAACACCCUGUGGUCUUUUCUUAACUGGGUUAGGUUUCGUCUGCAGAUGUGGUCGCCGGUCGCUUCCAUGAUGGGGAUUCGCUGGGAACAGGCAGAAGAUCUGAGCUGGCAAAUGGGAAGAGCAGAGCUAGGUCGUCGGAUGGCCCUUGACCGGUCCUCAACUGAUGGCCAGUAGUUUGUCGCUCGGAGGAAGUAGGCACUGACUCUCUGGCAAUCAAGAUAUUGCAUUAAUAGCCAUCUUUUUGUGUAUACAUAUAUACUAUAUGUGUUUUUUU